UAACCUUAAUUAAUUACCCACGUCCCUGGCUGGGAAGAGUAGAUGGCGACCAAGAGCAAGAUUCUAGUGAUCGGCGGCACCGGCUACAUCGGCCAGCGCAUCGUGGCGGCGAGCGCACGGGCAGGGCAUCCCACCUUCACCCUCGUCCGUAGCACGGCCGACCAAUCACCCGCCAGGGCCAAACUCCUCAAUGACUUCCAAGCGGCCGGCGUCGCCCUCCUUCCUGGAGAUUUGCACGACCACGAAAGCCUUGUGAGGGCGAUCAAGCAGGUAGACGUUGUGUUCUCCACUGUGGGUUUCUUACAGCUCAAGGACCAACUCAAGAUCAUCGACGCCAUCAAAGAUGCCGGUCAACACAUCAAGAGGUUUUUCCCUUCUGAGUAUGGCAAUGACGUGGAUCGAGUCAACGUGGUGGAGCCAGGAAAGUUAGUGUUCGAAAUCAAAGCACAGAUCCGAAGGGCCACGGAGUCAGCUGGGAUCCCUUACACCUACGUGUCCAGUAACUUGUGUGCUGGGCACUUCCUUACAACCCUAGCACAACCAGGCGCCACUGGCCCUCCAAAAGACAAGGUCGUCGUCACUUUAGGCGAUGGCAAUACCAAAGCUAUCUUUCUCGAUGAAGAAGAUAUUGGAGCAUACACUAUUAGAGCAGUGGACGAUCCGAGGACCUUGAACAAGAUUUUGUUCAUGAGACCAGUAGCAAAUAUUCUCACCCAUAAUGAGCUCGUGUCGCUUUGGGAGAAAAAGUUUGGCAAGACUUUUGAGAGGGUAUAUCUUUCUGAAGAAGAAGUUUUGAAGCAAAUCCAAGAAGGCCCACCUCAAUUGAGCACCAUGCUUGGAAUUUUUUACUCCGUCUUUAUCAACGGCGAUGAAACCAAUUUCGAUAUUGACCCACUGAGUGGUGUGGAGGCUACGAAGCUCUAUCCUGAUGUUAAAUACACUACGGCUGAUGAAUACUUGAAUAGAUUGCUUUGAAUAUAGCGGCACAAUAUAUGGAAUUACUAUGUUAUUGAUAUUAAAAUAAAAGCCGCUUUGUUA